GGGAACCAUGAAGGAGUCACAGUGAAUGUUUGCAUGGCGAGACGCGGCAACCGGCGGUGGAGGAGUUGAGGGGGCGCCGCACCGUCAGUCAGCUGCACGCGUCGCUCGGCACAGGUGGUUUCCCCCCGGCGUGCACAGAUGCGUCCUGAUGGCCACCAACGCCCACCUGUCCCUCCAGUCCCUGCGAGCUGCCAGCCAGGCCAAGGAUCUGGCGGACAAGAGAGCUGAAAUUCGGCGCAAGUCUUUAUUGAUUCUAGUACAUCAUUACCUCGAAAAUGAAGGGUUCGGCGACGCUGCCAAGCUUCUGGCGCAGGAGUCCCGGCUCAACACGGAACAGUUCAGCGUGUGUGAGAAGGUUGACCUCUGCGGGAUUUUGGAAGACUACGAGAACUGGUUUGUCAACAAGUUCCAGAAGUACCCGCGGCUAGCUAGGCGGGUAAUAGUGCCAAGAACUCCACCAAAGCCACACCGAUGUGAUCUCCACGGCCAUGGUGGUGAUGAGAACAGCCUUGGGAGUGAGACACCUAAUGGUAAAAAGACUCCCUUCUUCAGAAGGAGAUCCCUGCCCAGGAGCGGCGGGUCGGGGCACAGCAUGGGCCGCACCGCCAGCGACCCCAGCCUGAACGAGGACGUGGUGGAGGUGCGGGGCCACGGCCGCUCCAGAAACUCCGUCAGAAACAGAAGUAUUGACAACAAGAAACGAGAGGAGCUUAACAGGGCUCCACUGGUCGGGGGGCGGCGCAUGUCCAGCAGCGGCCCCGUCAGGAGUUCGGGCGACGAGAAGAAGGAUCCCUCGAAGUCCUCCUCAGACACGGACAGCGAGCGGGGCGGGGCGGCGGGGCAUCUAGGACCAGUUAGGACGGGUAGAAUGGUGGGUCAACCUCGUCAAGUCAUCAACCUCAAGCAAAUGAUCAGUGACUACACGAGACUCGAGGACAACAUUGGCGACAUCGGUAAAGGUCCCCCUCGAGCCCCGUCCUCGCAGGCUGAGCAGCAGGCAGGUGAAGAGGAGGAAGGUAGUGACCUGUGGGACGAGAAGAGCGUCAAGCCAACCAUCAUGCUGCCUCACUUCUCAGGAGAGUUCAGGGAUCUGGCCAACAUCAUCCAGCGGGAAAUUCUGGUGGAGAACCCGCAGGUGAGGUGGACUGAGAUCCUUGGGCUGGAGGACGCCAAGAGACUGGUGAAGGAGGCAGUGGUAUAUCCUCUCAAGUACCCGCAGCUCUUCAUCGGAAGGUUCAAGCCGUGGCGAGGCAUCCUGCUCUACGGACCGCCGGGCACAGGCAAAACGCUGCUGGCGAAGGCUGUAGCGACGGAAUGCAAGACAACUUUCUUCAACAUCUCUGCCACUUCACUCGUCUCCAAAUGGCGCGGUGACUCGGAGAAGCUGGUCAGGGUGCUGUUCGAGAUGGCAAGGUUCCACGCGCCCUCCACCAUCUUCGUGGACGAGGUGGACGCGCUCAUGGCCUCGCGUCAGGGGGAGCAGGAACACGAGGCCUCCCGCAGGAUGAAGACGCAGCUACUAGUGGAGCUGGACGGUCUGACGCAAUCCAAUCACCACGUCUUCCUCCUCGCGGCUUCCAACAUCCCCUGGCAGCUGGAUCCCGCCAUGCUUCGUCGUCUGGAGAAAAGGAUCCUGGUGCCGCUGCCAGGGAAGGAGGCGCGUGAGGCCAUGUUCAGACACCACCUCCCGGAGUCCAUCACAGACCUGGAGGAGGUGGGCCACACCAUCAGCACCCACCUUGAGUACGACAAGCUGGCCAAGAUCUCUGAAGGGUACAGCGGGUCGGACCUACAGGUGGCGUGUCGAGAGGCUUCAAUGGGCUGCCUGAGGAAAGUAUUCAACGUUUUGGAGGACCACUCAGUUGAGGACUCAGAGCUGCCAGAACUGAAACUAGAUGCCAUCAAGAUGCAUGACGUGGAGGCAGCGCUGCAGAAGACUAAACCGACGCAGAGCGAUUCUCAGUUAUACCUUGAGUGGCACUCCAAGUACGGCUCGGCUUGAGGGGCGUGCGGACCUUCUGAAGAAGCCAGACUCGGCCAGCGUCACCACCCAAGAGACGAAAAUAAUCGUCGUAGUCGAGGACCACAAGUAGCGAGGCUCUCCCAGGCGAGGCGUGAGGCGCCUGGGAGGAGCACGCUGGAGACGGCAGCUGUUGGGUCCAAAAACGUAUUUAGUCUAAAUAAUUUUGUGUUUACUGACGGCGAGACCACUCUCAACGAGGCGUGGGAUAUCUCAGGCAGCCUGGAGGUUCAGGUCCACGCACCAAAAAGGGAGAUAUGGCGUCAGUAAACUUUCCGCCCACUAAACUCGCCCGAGCGGCGCAAGACCCUCCCUCGGAAAGCCUGCAUCACCUGAGGGAGGAGGUACGUGACCUGUCAGGGUGGUGCUCAACCCAGCUUGGCCACGACGCACGUGACUCUGCCUCCUGAUAACUGUCGUACUGUCCGGGACCUGACUCAUGUAAGAUGAUAACCUUCUUCCUUCGAGCAUUGUGUGUUCACUCUUGCAGUACAGAGGCGGUGGCUGGAGCGUGUGACCUUUACUGCGGUCAUAGUAGUUAAACGAUUUUGUAUAUUUUGCAUUGCUAGUAAAUAAAGGGGAUUUCUUUUUCAACAGAAUAUGUACAGAAACACAGUUUAGGAAUCCAAGUAAUUUUUGGGGGAAGUGGGUGAUUUUCUUUGUUUUUGAAAGUGCUGAUGAUUCAACGCUCAGGAUCGUGUAAGAAGGCUGCAUUGGCAGCUGUUGUACAAUGAAAAAUAAAUGAACAAUAUGGC